UGUAGAUUACGUUCUAGAAGAGUAGGCCUUAAGGCCUCGCAGCCACGAAAAUGUACCUUAUUAUGAUGCUUGAAAUAUACCUAAAGCUGAGCUGUGGAUCUGCUAAGGAUCAACUUUCUGUCUAGUGGUGUAGCCGCGAAAGCAUAGCCUAAAUCCGGAGGUGUUCUGACUCGAUGAAGUGGGUGUACUUCAGCAUUGUCUCUAUGGUACUAGUUGGUAUGAUUGUAGCCGAUGGAGAGCUGUGGCAAGAAGACGACCACGAAGUGCUGAUCAGAAACCAAAGGGGAACAAAGAACAAAGGGAACGUCAACGUUGCUACAAGAAUGGCUAUGAGUAAGCCUGCUGAUAAGACCAGUGUUGCCACAGGUAGCCCGGUGGAGUGGCCCCCUAGCCCCUCUCUUUUCGAAAUCUAG